CUACGCUGUACCACUCCAUACCAGUAAGUGGCAGCAGAGCAUCACCUCGUUGUUUGCUAGCCACCAAAAACGUCACAAUAAGAAGAAGAAAAACAUCGUUCAACAUGGCGCGGGAAACAAGGAAAGAAAUUGAGAUGGAGACCCGCGGAGAAGUCGAGGAAGAGGCGGACAGUAUCCCUCCGUCGACUUUAAAACUGUACGAGACACAGUUUUUCGGUUUCACUCCGCAGACAUGUAUGUUGCGGGUCUACAGCGCCUUUCAGGACUGCCUGUACGACAUUUUACCCGUCGUGGAGGAGGUGUGUGUGAGGCAGCUGAGCAAAGGCGAGGCAGACGGGGCCGAGGAGCUGCUCCGGUCCCGAGCCAGGGAGUGUAGCCGUAAGCUGCAGCAGUGCCUCGAAGAGCGGUUCAAGCAGCAGUCCGAGCGAAUGACGUCGCUGCUGGUCAACCGCUGCUUCUCGGUGCCGCCUAAUGUCCUCCUCCCCGAAGACCAAUCACACAAGAAGUACCCCCAAGACGUACAGGAGGUGCUGAGGCUGGAGACGUCCAUUGUUGACCUCCAGAGAGCCUACGAAGCAGAAGUCUGCGCCAGACAGGCCCUGCUAGCUGAGCUGGAGGAGCAGAGGGAGGUGCAGAAGCACCUGGAUGAGAUCCUGGAGUGGGUCCAAGAGCUCCAGGCGGCCUGGGUAAAGGAAGGUAACGGCAGCUUUCACGAAAGUUUCCGACUGGUGAUGGAGUCCGUUAAAAAACUGCAGGACGCUGUUGGCGAGAUCUGCAACAAGGCGCCUCAUUGAACUGAACUCAAAUUUGUAAAAAUGAUACUCCAGAUGGAGAUCAUUUAGAAGAAGUUGAACAAUUUCACCCACUAAA